AUGAAAUCUUUUCUUCUCUUUCUCACAUUCUCCUUCUUCUGCCAAAUAUACCUAGUCUUCUCUGCUUCUUCAACUCCACCACUCCAGCUCAUCUCUCUACUUUCACUCAAAUCUUCCAUCAAAGACCCUCUAAAUACACUCCAUGACUGGGACGCUUCUUCUACCUUCUCAAAUUCCAAUUUCCAGGAUCCAGUUUGGUGUUCAUGGUCAGGCAUCACAUGCCAUUCAAAAAAUGCGAAAAUCACCUCCAUUGACCUCUCUCAUCGCAACCUUUCAGGGACAAUUUCACCGGAAAUAAGGCAUUUGACUACCUUAAACCACUUGAAUCUAAGUGGAAAUGACUUCAGUGGAAGUUUCCAAGCAGCAGUUUUUGAACUCACAGAGCUCAGGGUUCUAGAUAUCAGCCACAACUCCUUCAACUCAACUUUCCCACCUGGGAUUUCGAAGCUCAAGUUCUUGAGAAUCUUCAAUGCUUACAGCAACAACUUCAUUGGCCCUUUACCUCAAGAAUUCAUCAGACUCAGGUUUCUUGAGCAGCUCAACCUUGGCGGCAGCUACUUCAGCGAUAGGAUUCCUUCAACUUACGGCAGUUUCCCUAGAUUGAGGGUUCUUCAUUUGGCUGGAAAUAUGUUGGAAGGUCUAAUACCACCUCAGUUAGGCUUCUUAUCACAGCUUGAACGCUUGGAAAUUGGAUACAACCAGUUUUCGGGAGGAAUACCAGUGGAAUUCACCUCUUUGUCUAGUCUAAAAUACUUAGAUAUCUCUUUUGCUAAUCUUUCUGGCUCUGUGAUCCCAGAACUAGGAAACUUGACCAUGCUGGAAACAUUGUUGCUGUUCAAGAAUCGGUUCACUGGUGAAGUCCCGUCAACUUUAGGCAAUUUGAAAGCACUCACGGCUCUUGAUUUGUCAGAUAAUGAGCUCACUGGGUCCAUCCCUGAAGAAGUUGCAUUGUUGAUGGAUCUUAACAUUUUGAGCUUAAUGGAAAACAAGCUGACGGGUGAAAUACCGCAAGGGAUUGGUGAACUUCCCUACCUCAAUACUCUGCAGCUAUUUAACAAUUCUCUUACUGGGAUUCUCCCACCUAUGCUUGGCUCAAAUGGUUUGCUCCAGAAACUUGACGUGUCCACCAAUUCACUUUCUGGUCCUAUCCCUCCAAGUGUUUGCAAUGGAAACAAGCUCGUCAAGCUCAUCCUCUUCGACAACAAAUUUGAUGGUGCAAUUCCAGCAUCACUCGUGAACUGUACUUCACUAACAAGGGUUAGAAUCCAAAACAACCAACUCAAUAGUUCGAUUCCAUCCGGUUUCGGUCUCCUUCCGAACCUGAGCUACGUUGAUAUGAGCAACAACAACUUUGUAGGUCAAAUUCCGGAAGAUUUUGGCAAUGCAGUUAAAAUACAGUACUUGAACCUCUCUGGAAAUUCGUUUGAAAGCCGAUUACCUAGCAACAUCUGGAACGCUUCCAAUCUACAGAUUUUCUCUGCAAGUUCAUCAAAAAUCAUUGGCGAAAUUCCAGAUUUCAUCGGGUGCCAGAACAUCUACAGAAUCGAGUUGCACGGAAAUUCUCUGAAUGGUACAAUUCCUUGGGACAUCGGUCAUUGCGAGAAGCUCCUUCAAUUGAACCUGAGCCACAAUUCCCUCACAGGUAUAAUACCUUGGGAAAUCUCUGCUCUUCCAUCCAUCACGGACGUCGAUCUCUCACACAACUUCCUCACCGGUACCAUACCUUCCAAUUUCAACAACUGCACAACCUUAGAAAACUUUAAUGUCAGUUACAACCUACUCACCGGACCUAUUCCCUCUGCGGGAUCAACCUUCCACCCAUCAUCAUUCACCGGCAACGACGGCCUCUGCGGCGGAAUUUUGGCAAAACCGUGCGCAGCAGAGGCGGACGCCCUCACUGCAAGCAGCGACGUCGAGCUUCAUAACAGACAAGAGCCCAAGAAAACCGCCGGCGCGAUCGUCUGGAUCAUCGCCGCAGCGUUCGGAAUCGGCCUUUUCGCUCUCGUUGCAGGCACUCGCUGCUUCCGCGCAAACUACGGCAGCGGAUUCGGAGGCGGCGGCGACCGCCGAGAGGCUGGGCCUUGGACACUGACGGCGUUCCAGCGUUUGAAUUUCACGGCCGAGGACGUGAUCGAGUGCUUGUCGAUGUCCAACAAGAUCCUAGGGAUGGGGUCCACAGGGACAGUAUACAAAGUAGAAAUGCCAGGUGGUGAGAUCAUAGCCGUCAAAAAGCUCUGGGGAAAGCCUAAAGAGAACAGCAACAUAAUCCGAAGGCGGAGAGGGGUUCUAGCGGAGGUUGAAGUGUUGGGGAACGUGAGGCAUCGGAACAUAGUGAGAUUGUUAGGGUGUUGCAGCAACAGCGAGUGUACGAUGCUGCUCUACGAGUACAUGCCCAAUGGGAAUUUAGAUGAUUUAUUGCAUGAAAAAAAUAAAGGAAAUAAUAAUAAUAAUAAUCUGGUAGCUGAUUGGUUGACGAGGUACAAGAUAGCCCUCGGGGUGGCUCAAGGGAUCUGCUAUCUUCACCAUGACUGUGACCCAGUGAUCGUACACCGCGAUCUCAAGCCUAGUAACAUAUUAUUGGACGGUGAGAUGGAAGCCAGAGUGGCAGAUUUUGGAGUGGCCAAGCUGAUUCAGAGUGAUGAAUCUAUGUCCGUUAUUGCUGGAUCGUACGGCUACAUAGCACCAGAAUAUGCUUACACUUUACAAGUAGAUGAAAAGAGUGAUAUUUAUAGUUAUGGAGUGUUGCUCAUGGAGAUUUUGACGGGAAAAAGAUCAGUGGAUGCAGAGUUUGGUGAUGGAAAUAGCAUUGUGGAUUGGGUUAGGUCUAAGAUCAAAACUCAAGGCAUUGAUCCCAUAUUGGAGAAGAAUGUUGGGGCUGAGUGUACGUCGAUUAAGGAGGAGAUGAUUCAAAUGCUCAGGAUUGCAUUACUGUGCACUUGUCGAAAUCCGACAGAUCGGCCAUCCAUGAGAGAUGUUGUGUUGAUGCUACAAGAGGCAAGGCCGAAGAGGAAAUUGGUUGAUAGUGUGAUAGGCAAUCAAUGUGUCGCCGGUGAUAAUGUCGAUAGUGGUGGUCGUAGUGGUGGUGAUGGCAACGGUAAUAAUAUUCCUUUACCAUGCCAAAGUUUCCCAAGAAAAUUAACCUAGUUAGUUAGUGUGUUGAUAUGGUUUACAUGUUUUUUUUUUCUUUUAAUAUUGUGGGGAAUUGGUAUAGGAGAAUGUGAUUUUCUUUUCUUUUCUUUUUUUCAAUGGAAUUUUCAGGUGUUUAUUUA